AUGUCUGUGCCAUCAGGAAACUCGGGCUGGAACCACCUGCGGCAGCAGGCACGAAACCACGAGACUCAGACCCAGACCUUGUUCCACACCUAUUCACAAUUCGCCAACGCCGCCAACGUCCCGGCGAAGCCUACAGCACAGGAGAGCGACACCGAGGCCAAGAUCGAGAGCCUGCUGGAAGAGCGCGAAACCACAAUCUCCCAGCUCGCACGGCUUCUCGACUCGGACGCGACGCUCGGCUCCUCAGCCGUCAAACAAAAGAACCUGGCCCUCUUGCGGUCCAACCUGGCCAACCACCGACGCGACUUGAUCCGACUCCGGUCGAACCUAAAGGAUGCGCGCAACCGGUCUAACCUGCUGGGCAGCGUGCGCGACGACAUCAAGGAGUACCGAGCCAACAACCCCGAGGCCGCCGAGGCCGAGUACAUGGCCGAUGAGGGCCGUCAGAUUGACCGGAGCCACGAGAUGACGGAUAGUAUCAUCAGCCAAGCCUAUGCCAUUCAAGACAACUUCCUUGUCCAGGGCGAGACCAUGGCCAGCAUCAACCGGAGGAUUAACAUGGCCGCCAACAAGGUCCCCGGCAUCAAUGCCAUCAUCGGCAGAAUAUCUGCCAGGAAGAGGAGAGACGGCAUCAUCAUGGGCUCCUUCAUCGCCUUCUGCUUCAUCCUGUUUUUCUGGCUGUCUUGA